CUUUUAUCAGCCCCACGUCCUGUUCGCCUAUUUCAUAUCUCUUCGAUAACAGCAGGAGCAGCGGAGAAGGAAGAGUGAGGCGAAAAAAUGGCAUCCAGUGCUUUGAGAAGCUGCGCCGUCCUCUUCCCGAGCCUCCUCUCGUCUUCCAAGUCGCAGUUCGUUAGCUCGGUCGCCAUCUCAUGCACCAACGGCGCGUCCCGUUUCUCCAUGUCCGCCGACUGGAUGCCCGGCCAGCCACGUCCCCCGUACCUCGACGGCUCCGCCCCCGGUGACUUCGGGUUCGAUCCGCUUCGCCUCGGGGAAGUUCCGGAGAACCUGGAGAGGUACAAGGAGUCGGAGCUGAUCCACUGCAGAUGGGCGAUGCUUGCUGUGCCAGGGAUCUUGGUGCCGGAAGCACUGGGCCUGGGCAACUGGGUGAAGGCGCAGGAGUGGGCGGCGAUCCCCGGCGGGCAGGCGACGUACCUAGGCAACCCAGUCCCCUGGGGCACUCUCCCCACCAUCCUCGUCAUCGAGUUCUUCGCCAUUGCCUUCGUGGAGCACCAGCGCAGCAUGGAGAAGGACCCCGAGAAGAAGAAGUACCCCGGCGGAGCCUUCGACCCGCUGGGCUACUCCAAAGACCCCGUCAAGUUCGAGGAGUACAAGGUCAAGGAGAUCAAGAACGGUCGUCUCGCUUUGCUGGCCUUCGUGGGCUUCUGCGUGCAGCAGUCGGCGUACCCUGGAACCGGGCCAUUGGAGAACUUGGCAACCCACCUGGCUGACCCAUGGCACAACAACAUCGGAGACAUUGUCAUCCCCAGAUCCAUUUUGCCAUGAACGAGACCGAGAGAGAGAGAGAGACAGAGAGAGCUCAUCCUGUCACUCCUGCAAAAUCCCAUGUAAAACAUGUGCUUUCCGUGCACUCAUCUCGUUGUAACACAAAGAACGUAUAUGGCUUUCCAUAUAGACGAUCGAUGUUGCUUCCUCUUA